AUGGAUUCGCAGCGACCAACAGCAUCGCCACCUCCCGAUUCAACUCCACCUUCCAUUGCCAUCAUCUUGCUCUCAUUCGUAGCCAUUACCGCUAUCGUUUUGGUUCCUACAGCAUCAUCAUCCUUCAAAAAUUCCUUGUCAAUUGUUCACCAAGUCCCUGAAGGUCAUGUGGGGGUAUAUUGGAGAGGAGGUGCGCUUCUCAAAACAAUUACAGAGCCAGGUUUUCAUAUGAAGAUGCCUUUCUUAACUCAGUUUGAGCCUGUCCAAGUGACACUUCAAACAGACGAGGUGACAGAUAUACCAUGCGGUACAAAAGGAGGUGUUAUGAUUGUUUUUGGGAAGAUUGAGGUUGUUAACCGGCUGCAUAAGGAAUCUGUAUACGAGACGUUGCUCAACUAUGGUGUACAUUAUGACAAGACAUGGAUAUAUGACAAGAUUCAUCAUGAGAUUAAUCAGUUCUGCAGCUCUCAUAGUCUUCAACAAGUAUAUAUUGAUGUGUUUGAUCAGAUUGACGAAAAGAUGAAGGAUGCCCUUCAAGUUGACUGUACCCGCUAUGCUCCAGGCAUUGAGAUCAUUGGUGUCCGUGUCACAAAGCCGAAUAUUCCAGAAAGCAUAAGACGCAACUUUGAACAAAUGGAAGAGGAGCGUACUAAGGUUUUAAUUGCUAUUGAGAAGCAGAAAGUAUCUGAGAAGGAAGCGGAGACUGCGAAGAAGAUGGCUAUUAGUGAGGCCGAGAAAAAUGCCAAUGUUAGCAAGAUCCUUAUGGAACAAAAGUUGUUGGAAAAAGAUAGUGCUAGAAAACAGGAAGAAAUUGAGAAUGCAAUGUACCUAGCUCGCGAGAAGAGCCUGGCUGAUGCAGAUUUCUACCGUGUAAUAAGGGAAGCUGAAGCAAACAGAUUGAAGCUUACCCCUGAGUUUCUAGAGCUAAAAUUUAUCGAGUCCAUUGCCAAUAACACAAAGAUUUUCUUUGGGGACAAGAUUCCAAAUAUGAUUUUGGACCAAAGGCUGCUCGGAAACUUCCUUGUUGACGAAGUUUCUAGAGGUGGAGCUAUAAAGACAAAAGCAGAUAUCUAA